AUGACGACAUCAGGGGGGGUGGAGGAAUUUAUAUCCUCACAUAAUCUUCAUGUCGUCAACAGGGAGGGGUGUCUGACUACCUUUGCUAACUCGCAAAGGGAAACAAAUAUCGACGUUACGUUAGCCGGUAGGGAAGUAAGUAAUUGGCUUGUGAACUGGGAUGUCUUGGAUACAGACAUAACCAGUGACCACAGGUUUAUUGUGUUCGAACUCCGUGGGAAUACUUCAAACCCUGGAGUUAAGGCACAAAAAGGUAGAGUCAGGCAAGACUGGGAGAUAUUCCGAACUUGCCUGGAAAAUACCAGGUCGGAUUUCCCAAGAGAAAAUUUAGACGAUGAAGUAGCUAGGUUAGAAAGUAGAUUCAAACAGGCUAUAACGAAAUCAGAAGUUAAGCCGAAAAGUAGGAAGAAUAGGAAACAAAAAUGGUGGACGAAGGAGCUGGAGGCCAAAAAGAAGCUCGUUCAUCGCCUUAGCCUUGCGUACUCGCGACGCUUAUGA